GAGAGCUCUUCCCGCUCUCUUAUCUUCUUCGGGAUCCAGUCGGGCAUCGAGGUCGCCUCUGCAGCCAUCGUCCUCUGGCGUUUUCGGCGCGUCGCGAAGCCUGGUGAGGAGGAUACGGUCGAGUUUGUCGAGAAAGUCGGGACAUGGGGUAUCGGUAUCCUCAUCGCCGUCCUCGCUCUCGCAACCGAGAUCACAGCCAUAGUCGGCCUCGCCCAACACACCGAACCCGACACGUCGAACGCAUCGCUCAUCGUCUCCGCA